GAGGAGUAAUGUUUCUCCUCCCCCUCCCCCUCUCUCCUCCCCCUCCCUCCUUUCCCAUUCAGGUGAUAAGGAUGUAGAUGAGUACUACAUGCGGAAGCGACACCAAGACUUGGCAGGUCGGCAGACUCUGCAGCCGCCCCACAUGGUGAAGCUGAACGCAGAGCCCCACCAGCAGCAGCGUCAGCGGCCUCACCGCGUCCAGAGGGCCAUGUCCCAGGACCAUGUGCUGUCCCCAGAGAGGACCCCACGCCACGGCUACGGCCUCUCAGCCUACAACAUGGGCGUGUCUUCCUACGGCAGCCGCAUCCUCUCAGAGGAGCAGCUGCUUUCCGCAGACCGCCUCCAGUCCCAGGACCCCCUGCUCUCGCCGGACAAGAUGCUGUCGCUGCGGCGCUCCAACUUCCGGGAGAAGGCCAUGUCGCGGGCCAUGUCCCAUGUAGACAUCAACUUUGUGCCCACCACACCUGUCAUGGACCAAGCGAAGCGCUACGCUAAGAUGCAAAAGAUGCACUCCCAUCCCACUACCAUCAACGACUCAUACAACACGCUCACCGUCAACCACCCGACCACCAACAAGAGGCAGCAGUUUGCCUCGCGACGGACACACACGGUGGACCAUCUGCAGUACAUCCCAGGCCACCAGCACAACAACCAGUACCGCACGGCCAGUAAGAAUGAGGUAACUGUUUAACGAGAGGGUGGCUGGCCAAGGAUUCCUGUGUCAACAGACUGUCAACAGCUGAAAACAGCAGAAACUUCCAGAGGUGUGCAACCUCACCAUAGGUCUUCUUUUCAAAGUAGCCAACAACUAACUCUUCUUGCUUUCAGCUCAAGCUCUCCGUUUCAUUCAGAUUUGGAUUAUCACAACUAGAAUCAACAACCACAAAGACAUCUGUACUUUUCUCUAUAGGGCAACAUAAGGGCUUUGCACGUUGACACAUAAGGAAUGCUUUUUGUCAGAGGUUAUCCGUAAGAAGACAAUAUUUUUUAAAAAGGGGAAUUGGAAAGGUACUGGAUCAACUUUAUAAAUAUAUACAUAUAUUUACUAUUUGUAUUUUCAGUCCUUGUUAUAGCUUUAGAGAUUCUUAUUGAACUUAACUGGUGUUAGAACUUCAAGAGGUGCCUCUCGAAAUUGUUCCCAUUUCAAUGAUGAAGUGGAUUUGUGGGUUAAAAAGCACAAUUAAUGGGGGGUUUUCUCUGUUGAUUUAUUCGUAUUUUUUUGUAACGGCCAGCACAUAUCAGCUUAUUAGUGGAUAUAGUGUCAAUUUCCGUUGCAUAAAUGAUUGUAAAUAGGCUAUAUUAGCAGCAUUAUACACUAAAUGAGAAGAGCUGGCCAAGUGGAAUUGUUGAGUUUCUACCCAAGAGUCUUUCACAAUUAAAGAUCACAAUUUCAGAUUAGUCCAACCCCUGAACAAAUAUUUGAUACUAACAAAUGUGUACAAUAAUGUGUGUGCGUAUGUGUGUAUAUUUUUGUAACUGUGCUUGUAGGAUGAUUGUGUAUGGCUAGGGUUGAAUCAACCUCAUGCCACUGUUAAUUGGCAGCUUUAGACUGUAGACACACUACUCCACAGGUGAACAUGUAAACUAAUGCUUCUUUCAAUAGCUUAAUUUUCUGCACUCAUUCCCUCGCUAUAUAAACCAAGUGGAUGACCUCCAUUUGUUUUGAGUUUGGAAAAGCUGCUUUCAUUUUGAUAUAAAGUAUUGUUGUAUAUUUGACUCCAUUCGUCAGAGUUGAAGAAUAAUAGUUGUUGGUAUGUGUUUACAAUGGUUACAUUGUUGCAGGUGUGUUGACGUACCUGAAACAAUCGACAAAGAGGACAUCAUUAUAAUCACUAGCUAAGCAAGGAUUAAAACUGUGAAUUUUUUGUCCAGAUGUUUUCAUUAAAGCAAUGCCUUAUUGUGUGGAAGCCCAUACUCAUGUUCUUAACUGUACAAUCACGCUUUUUUUAUGUCUUGUGUCUAACGUGUUGAUCCGUAACCAGCUUUGUAUGUCAUUUUUUAUCAUGGAUGAUUUACCAGCAGUACAGAAGCAAAGGACAGAAUCAGUGUCGGAGAUAUACCUCAGAAUCUGUAGGGCACAAAUUUGACAAGGAUGAUAAUCUUAUAUUAACAACACGCUCUUUGAAAAGAAGCAAAUUAAGUGAUUGUUUUAAGCAAAAAACAUAAUAAACUAGAAUAGAAAAGAUAUAUCACAGGAUAAUUUAAAAAAUCUUCCACUUUUUCCGAUUCAUACAGACUUCCUUGUGGACUCCCACUGUGUCCUCUUAUACUUAUAGAGUAACAGACACAUCAAAGUACAUGUUUUGUAGUAGCUUUUACUUUUCAACUAUCUCUCCAGUUAACAAGAAAGUCCAAAGAUUAUUGUAAAAACCUGAGUCAUGGAAAUGGGUAUGUAGACAUUUACUGUAGAGAUGUUGUAAUAGAAAUUUGCUGGUCAUUGGCAAUUUCAAACGUUGUCACUGGUGCACUACCUUAAAUGUUAAGAGCUUUGGUAUCCAUUGCAUAAUAUUGUUACAACUUGUGCAGUGAGUCCAUAUUUAAGACUCACUUUUGCUUAGAAUUUGUCAUUACAACAGAGGCUAACAUUGCAAUUUUUCUUAGUAAAUUAUAUGCUUAUAUCAUUAUAUGAUUAGCUAUACUAUACUGUAUGUUCACAUGCAAUGUAGACACAGUAGAAAUUGAUGCACUUGAAAUAUUAAGAGCAAUUAUUACACUAGUUUCAAGCCCCUGUAUCAGCUAAGAUAUUGAGAGGAUAGCAAAUACAAUUUAAUUUAUUUUGAAGUUCAAGUUAAGGCCAGAGUAAAAAAAAAAAAAAAACUUAAUGGUGCAAUAUGGAGUUUCAUAGUCCUUGUCAAGCUGGAAUGGUAGUUUUAUAGCCCUGUGAUUUUUUAUUUUUGUAGCUAUGUCAGAGCAAUGAAAAAAUGACAUUUGAUGGCCCUGACUCUGACAUGGGAUGCUAUGGUGGCACUGUUAGAGCUACAACACUGUGUUGUACUGAUGUCAGACCACCGGAAUCUUACAGACAGGUCUCUAAGCAACCAUCUGUCUGGCUCAAAUACAUCCACCCCAUUACAGAGCUCUGGUUUUACUUUCCAGUCAGUCAAUGAAAUUGUCCACAAGAAGCUUUUCUCACACACAUGAGGCUAGAGCUCAGUUUUGGCAGUAGGUUCUGAGACUAACAUGCUGUUAAGUUGUUGCGUCCCAUGAUCUAUCUGCUGUAAAAGCACUGUUUUACUUUUGUUGCAAAUAUUCAAUUUAUUAAGCUUGUAUUUUUAUGUGUCAAUGUGGUAUGAAUGAAAAUUCCUUUGUGUCUUUGUUGCACAAACAAUGGAGGACUAAUUUAAAAAGCUUCAAAGCAAACAGUAUACAACUGUUCCUGUGCAAAUGUUUUUGUUUACAAAUGAAUUAUUAAAGCACAUCCCAUGUGUAUUGUAUAAACCAAUAAUCAGUUUAGUAAAUAUGGAGUCAGGGAAUUUUUUUCACAUUUUCAUUUAUACAACAUUCACGAAUUAGAGAGUGAAUUGGUAAUAUUGGUAUUAUGUUUUUUCAUGGCUGAGGUGUAAACAUUUGACUAACUGUUUCUAAAGAAUGACAGAGAACCAUAACCCACAUAUACUUUCUAUAUGGAAUUAUACAACUGGCUUGAUAGUCUAAUAAAUGUAUAAACCUAAACAUUUCAACAUCAAAUUAGCAUAUACCCCAUAGAUAUAAUACUAUGGACCUCCAGGUUAAGUUACAAAACGUAGUUAUCCUGUCACCUAUAUUAACUAGACUAAAUGCUACUCUGAGCUUUUUGCAAGAAGUUGUCCAAAUUGCAACCUCACCCACAAGGUCUUACACGCCACAUAUUUGGAAUAAGCAUGAAACAAGACAAAUAAAAAACAUCUUUAUCCAAUGCAGUGCAUUGAUGACAAGACAUGCUAUAGUA